AUGCCUCCAGCACUUGGCCCUAGCAGGUCAUCACACACCAAGGUAGUGAUCUCACCGCCUCGCAUUAACCUCCGCAGAGCAGCAUCCUACAACCAUGACCGGGGGCCACUUUCUUCAACGUCGGCGCGCUUCAGUUUCAACCACUUGGUCUUCUCUCCGCCCCCGUCGCCGGGCCUUCCGUCACUCUCACCACCAGCGAAAAAGCCGAGACGACGGCUGUUUGGCACAGUGCGCCCUCUGAGAGUCGUCCGCUAUACCAUCCGACUCCUGAGCAUCGUCGUGGUUUUCUAUGUGGCCCUCGUGGUCCUCACAUGGCUUUUUGGCGAGCCGAGCCCAGCGGUCCCUGAGCCCCCGAAGCCUGCCGAACAGGAAGACGAGAUCGACAUGGUUUCACAAAAACGACCGCCGGACUUCCCGACCCCGAUAGUUGUAACAGACAAUCGGGGCCGGGCGAAGUGGACAGUGUCCAUCCCGCCGGGUUCCGACUUCCCGCUGACCAUGGGCGAGUACGCCGAAAUGUGCGCAAAGUGCCGGCAGGUGGCUGCGCGGGCUCAACACCUGAGGUCUCACGGACAUGGCCUACACCAAGUGUCUCUCGGGCUCGGCUCCGACUCUCCGGACCCGAACUUCGUUGAUGUGCAAGAGGCGGAGAAGGCCGGUUAUCUCGCCAGGGAGGAGGCACAGGGGAAUCCAGCGACGGGGAGCGAAGUCGGGAAGCCGGUGUGCAAGACCAGUCUCACAUUCGUGCUGGAGUCGAGCGAUGCCGGGCUGGGAAAGACGUUGAUGAUGUUGUGGGUUGCAUAUGGACUGGCAGAGAAAGAAGGGCGCGCUUUCUUUAUCGAUGAUGCACGAUGGGCGUAUGGGAAGUACACUGCCAUUUUCCAGCAGCCGCCUCUGCCGCGAUGCUCCCCGCCGCCAAACCACGAGAGGCUACCCUGCCCUCGACAUGCCCGGCACCUGGUCGCCUCAGCGGCAACGAUGAACGAGUUCUUCGGCAGUUUGACGAAGAGCGCUGAUCCCCCGUCGGAAUCCCACGAUCGCGCGUUGCGAAAGACUCAAUACAACCUCGCCCGGAAGGGCUACGAAGCGCUCUUCCGCCUGAACGAGGAAGACGCCAGCUACGUCGACGCCCGCGUCCGCGAGCUGAUGGCCAAGCGGAUCGUGCCCAAAUCCCGGGGCCAGCAGAACGGGCUGGCGGUCGGCGUGCACGUCCGCCGCGGCGACCGGCACCCGCUGGAGUACCAGUACCGCCGCUCGUACAUGCCGCUGCACCUGUACAGCGAGGCGGCGCGCGAGCUGAUCGAGGCCCGGCUCAACCACUCGGGCCCGUUCGGCGGCGAGGACCGGGCGGCCAAGGAGCACAGCCUCGUGGUGCUCGCGUCCGACGACCCGAUGGUGUACGAGAGCGCCGAGCUCGCCGGCGCCAGCCGCGCGCAGGAGCGCAUCAAGCUGGCCAGCAAGCAGGCCAUCCAGCGGGCCAGCCCGGACCGCUCGGUCCUGCACAAGUUCGUCGACGAGACCUUCGGCUGGGAAGGCGGCUUCUUCGCCGCCAUGUUCUGGAACCUCGGCGUCUCGGCGGCGCACGAGGCCGGACGGCCCGAUGCCGACGGCGCCCGCGCGGCUGCCAGCCCGUCGGCGGAGACGUAUCGGCUCAGGAGCCUCGUCGGGCGCGCCUACAUGAUGGACCUGGCGGUGCUGGCGGACGCGAGCGACGCCAUCGUGUGCACCGUCAGCGCCGUCGGCUGCCGGCUGCUGGCGGUCAUGAUGGGGUGGGAGAGCGCGAUGGAGGAGGGGAACUGGGUUAAUAUCGAUGGCGGAUACGGGUGGAUGGGGCUCGAGUGGUGAUUGUCCGAGUUCAGACACACACACACACACACACACACUGAGAGAGAGAGGGGGAGAGAGAGAGAAUUCAUCUUUUUUUCUUUCCUUGGCAUUUACGACAGGGCGUUGUCUCGGGCGUUGUUCGCAUGGUUGCAGACCUGGGGGGUGGGAAAAGGGAUGGUUUGCAUUUGCUCGGGGGGCAUGAUACCACAUACGCAGUUGGCGCGCCCUCUCCUCGGUUCUCGAUCUUUCUUUCUUCUUUUUCUUUCUUUUCUUCUUCUUUUGUUUAUUCUCUUCUUUGCUGGCUGCGAAGAAGGGUGUUGUUGUCGCUAUAAUACACGCUUGUUUGACGACGUCAUUCUAGCUACUUAGACAAUUCUAUCUUCUUCAAUUUCUUC